UAAAAACUCGCUGGUACCGAUGCAGUACAGUACCGGUACAGAUACCACCGAUGGUCCCAUCAACGUCGUUCCAACACACUCGGCUCGCAGCAAUUUUGCUCAGUGUUGGGUGUAUGAUGCUACAGUAUGUAACACCUGUUUUCUUUCUUUCCUUCCACAGAGGGGGGAAGUGGUCGUUCGACAGUCUAACUAAGCGCGACAUUGGGCAAUCGUGUUUCGUGUCCUUGCGUAGCCGACAUUUUUGGGCCCGCAUUGGCCAGGAAAGACAAAGUUCGCCACUUCCCUUCCUUUCGUCGAAGGUCGACCAAAACAGUGGGAUGGUACUGCAGGCUGAUGUAUACCGUUGGCAUUCGACUCCAAUCGGAUGCACAAUAUUUGGCUGUGAAAAACAACCAGCUAAAAUAACUCAACUCGCUUCCGUCGCUUCUGCAUGGAGUCGAGCAAGAAGAGCUGUGUGAUGACCGACCCGGUGGAAGUGGAACAGGACGCUCCAGCCCUGACUAUACAAAGUGGAUCUGGCGUUGAUCCAAGCGAUGCAAUGAGUUUCAAUGGAGCAGGAGGAGGAGAGGUUCGUGAUGAAGAGGCUGGCCUUGUCGAGACUGAUGGACUGCCAGAGCCCGAUUUGGAGCCGGAGCCCACCGGUGCAGCUUUCGAAAUGCCGAUUGAGGUAAAUGAUGGGUCAGUGGAAAAAAGCGACGCCCCCACGGAAAAAGGAGACCAGGAGUCGGAUCAUCAGGUUGGUCGUGCGGACGGUGCUCCACCGGAGGCCGACGAGGAAGGAACGGACCAGCAGGAUCUCGAAGAAAAGAACGAAGUCAGUACACCUGUUGUAGGAAUUGUUUCUCUCGAGCCCGACGUGAAGGAGGAAUUUGGUGUUGUGACGACUGUGACCGAUGAGGAUUCAAGUGUUGAAACUGAACCUGAACCUGAGGUUGUCGAUCAAGGACCUGAAGCUGUUAUUCAGAUUGUUACCGAGGAACAAGAAGCAGUCCCAGAAUAUCCGCAAUCUGAACCACGAUUGGUAGCACCCCAGGCUGAGACAGAGCCUGUAACGGCGGUAUCUCAGCCCGAACAAACAACAGAGGCUGCCCCAUGCACCAUACCGGUAGAUGGAAGUGGAGAUGAACCAGCCAAAGGAGCCAUUCAAAACAACCCAGUUGAAGCCAGUUCAUUUGCAGAUGGCAAAGAUCCCGAGAUUGGCAUCAAGGUCGAACAAGCACCCCCCGUGGCGUCGUCUUCGGGUCAUGAAAUUGCUCCUGAUCCCACGCUCGUAGAAGAUGCCGUCACGGACGCAGCGUCCCUCGAGAGCAAAUGGAAGAUGACCAAGGAACGCAAAACUAAAUUCUUGCUUGGCGUCAUUGGCUUGAUUGCCUUUACUAUCAUAAUGGCAGCCAUCCUUUCGCCCAGGACGGAUAAUUCGACUGAUGAGUUGCAACUGUCAAACGCGGCGCCAACAAGUCUUACUCCGGUUCACCCCACGCAUGAAACCGCUGCUUCACCUGGUGCUCCAGCACCUACACAGGCUACUCUUGUGGUGCCAACACAAAUGAAUACAGAUCCAACCGAGUCGCCAACAAGGCCCUUGCGAGAGCCAGACAGGGAGGAACCAACGACAUCGGCGCCAACCUUUCUUCCCACCCAUAGCCAUCAAAUGGGUGAGCCACAAGCCCAGGACCACUACACAACGGAGCCAACCCAAGCACACACCACGACGAAACCCCCUCCCAGCAACACGAACGCUGCUCCCACGGCGUCUCCUACCAAGUCCUCCGCAAGUGCAGGGGCGAGUGUACCGGGGAGGCCGACGUCUUCUCCUACCCCACCAGAUGAAGAAGACGAACCAACGCCCCAAAAAGACGGACCUCGAGGCGACGAACCCACACCUGAAGAUGAUGAACCCACGGGCCCAAGGCCUGUGGACGAGGAGUAUGUCUUGUCCUUGCUACCUGAUACCACCCUCAUGUCCUUGGAAGACCCCUUCUCUCCACAGUCCAAAGCCUUCAAAUGGUUGUUCAAUGAUACUGCCUACCUUCCGCACUACUCGGAUGAUCGCAUUCUUCAACGGUUUGCUUUGGCCACCUUCUACCAUGCCACGAACGGGCCUUUUUGGGCAAACAAUGAGAACUGGCUCAACCAUGAUGUCCAUGAAUGCCAAUGGUUGUUCCAUGGGCCAUUUGAUGGUUAUGUUGGCGACUCUGGCAUUGGAGCUGAGCAUUACAAUCCCUGUGAACUAGACUCCUUUGGAUCUGGACCUUUGCGCCCUAAUGGGGGUGUCUUUCAGCAUUUGUCGCUUUGGCAAAACGAACUUGAUGGCAUGAUUCCGCCUGAGAUUUCAUUACUUUCGCGCCUCAGGAGUAUUGAUCUGAACGGGAACCAGAUGAAGGGUGCAAUUCCACCACAUACUUCGCAACUUACUAACCUGGAAGUCUUGGCGCUCGGAGGAAACGGGUUCUUUGGUACACUGCCAAAUAUGAGAGGCAUGACGAAUCUUGAGACCUUGAUGUUGUCCUACAACUAUCUCAGUGGCACCAUCCCCGAGACACUGUCGCGACUUACGAAGCUUCGGUAUUUGCUGUUUGACGGAAACGCCUACAUCUCUGGUACGAUUCCACCACAGCUGAGUCGGUUGUCGAACGUUGAAUACUUGUACUUGUCAGGGACGUCUCUUGAAGGCACAAUUCCCUCGGAACUUGGUUUGCUUACCAAUGUGAAACAACUGGACUUGUGGAAUAACUUUCUCCGCGGACAGAUCCCCACAGAGAUGGGGCAGCUCACUCUGAUGGAAUGGCCGUCAUGGGAUGGAAACGCCUUUACAGGAACGCUUCCUUCCGAGUUGGGUCAGUGGACCAACCUACAGAACUUUGACCUGUAUGACACGGAGAUUGGCGGCACGAUUCCAUCAGAAUUCGGAAGGUUCACUAACAUGCAAUGGUACUUUGUGUUGGCCAACAACAAUCUUAGUGGAACAGUCCCAUCCGAGCUUGGACUGUUGCCAGUAGACCACCUGUACCUACACGGCAACCAAUUGACAGGUAUCAUUCCGAGCGAGGUUUGCUACCUCAAUGAUACAGUGUUCGACUGCAGCGAAAAUUUGUGUGGCUGUGAAUGUGGUUGUUUCAACACAGCCUCUGGUCAGACAACUCUGGAGCCCCCAUCAAACGAAAACAUUUAUCAUCCAUAUUUUGGAGUAUUGCUGAAUGUCAGGAACGACACAGUAGAACCUUAGGACGCGGUGCCGCUGGGUGCAAACGAUGCUGGUGUCCUUCUUCAGGCUACUGAUUAUUGACUUUUAAUGGAACGGCGAAGGAAGGUAGCGGUACUGGGAUAUGCGAACGACAACGCUAAGCAAUAUAAUAUGCUCUUUUCAAAAGAAUACAGACUCGGACAAGAAAAGGUUAAUUCCAUCUGUCAAUGGUUACAUUGGAUUAGCAU